AUGAGACAGUCACUCGUGUCCGUCAUCUUCGCCGCAGCACUCUUAUUCAAGUGCUAUGCACUGUCAGGAGCAUUACCCAUGGCCAAGACUGAAGAUGCCUCCUUGGAGCAGGAUAGUUUUGCCUCGCUGCUGAGUGACGAGGCGACGGAAACCAGCCUCAGCGAUGCAGACAUGGCCACUGCGGGGAAAACCAGAGGGCCGAGGGUGAUCGUCAUCGCCGAUCCGAGCCUGUGGAGGGACCUGCGGGUGCUGCACAAUGGAAUUCCCCUCUACAAGCGGAGAGCUGACUCCAACGGACAGGUCGCCGAGAACAACAACGCCGGCCAGGACCAGACCAUCCCCAUCCUGAGGAGGGACAACAUGAGGUGCAUGGUGGGACGAGUGUACCGGCCAUGCUGGGAAGUCUAG